AGUAGAGUUUACUUCUAUUUCUGUUUGGUCGUGAAUCAGCGGUGGACAUUUUAGAAGUGAGGUCCGUUAAACACGCACCCACGCACACUCAAACUAAGCAGACUGACUGGUUUUAAAAGACAGACCUAUGUUUUUUACAAUUAUCUUACAAAUACAGGAAAGAUAUGGUUGUAAUUUACUAUUAGAAUACCAAGAAAGCGGGGUCGAGUAGUUCUAAGCAGCUUUGUUUUGCCGUAUUGACGUAAAUCCGCGUUCGCAUCGCUGUCAUCGGGUUUUGUGAGCACGCUAUUAUGUUUUGCCGUGCUUACUUUUUUGAAAAAGUUUGUCUUUUAAGUUGUAAAGACGCCUCGGUGCUUGUGAAUUAAACAUGACUGUUAACUAUUUAGCGUGGCUGUGGGGAUGUUCGAAGUACUGAUGCGAGAUAACGGUUUUUCCUGCCGGCUGAAUAAAGCAGCCUGGUCCGCGGGAGGAGUCAGGCCAGUGUCCUCUGCCCCCAUUUCUGCCCCUUUUUUACUGCAAGAACUCUUUCAAAGCGCACCGGUAGCGAACGAGCAAGCAAAGCAGGCUCUGUUAACACCAUUUUUAUCCGAAUAAGGCUUGAAGUGAUGAGCAAACACCUGUGGAGGCGAGCACUGAUUUAAGUGAUGAGCACACACGUGUGGAGACGAGAACUAAAUUCAUAAAGUAUCCCUUAUUAACAUGAGCUGCUAUAUACGUCGAUAGACAUGGAUUGGAUGUCUUUCGCCUUCAGUAACAGCCAUUGCACAACAUAAGAUCAUCGACCAUCAUGGAAGAAAUCAUAGCCAAGAAAGUCUCGAUAGGCUCAUGGCUUAGAUGACUCAUUGUUACAUGAGCAACUUGUUGCUGAGGUGUCUGGAAAAAGGCACCCUUUUUUUUUUUUUGAGUCUAUUUUUAAUCAAUCAAUCAAAUUCUUUAGCCCUUUACGAAAACCCUAAAGGUCCUCAAAGUGCUUUACAACAAAGACAAACAUGGUCCAUGAUAUAUAAAAGUCAGGAAAGUAGUAUACUAUGACAUUAAAGGGGAAAAAUAACGCAUCGCGAUAAAAGUCAAUAACAGCAAAUAAAACAGUAAAACGGAUGAAAUCCGAAAACACGUAAACCCUUAAAGCGAUCCUCUAUUUUUCAGACAAAUAAUUCUCAAUAGAUAAAUGUUAGUAUGAGUUAUAAUAAUUUGAUAUUAAAACCCCUCUUAAUGUUUUUGUUUUAAUAAAGUUUGUAAAAUUAUUUUAAGUGAUAGGUCGCCAUUCUUGUUACGUCGCAGUGCGUGACGUCACUGGUCCCGUUGGCGAAAUUCCAGCGCGUCACUCGUUAGCUUUCCCAACAUGUCGUCACUUCUACCCUUCCUAUUUGAACCAGAUCUGAAAAGUGAAGAGCAGGACAGCACUGUCGGUCAUUCACAAGACGAGCUUCAGGGAAAAAUGCGUGCAGCAAAUACCUGAUAAGACAAAAGUUGGGCAAAACUGGUGAUGCGAGAGAGUCCUGUUGGGAACUCCGGUUGGGAGCAAGAGUGCAUGCUGUUGGGAUUCGGGAACUCCGUUUUUUUUUUAGCAGAUAUUCAAGGCUACUUCAGCGUGUUGGCUGUUGUACUGAGGACAGACAAUAACUCGCCGUGGACGGAUGAGUUUGACAAAAUUGAAUUGUCGUGUUUGAUCGACUCGAUUUCCACGAACAACCCGAGGAUUGAGUGGAAAAAGAUUAAAGCGGAGGGACCAAGCUAUGUGUACUUUAACCGUAAAGUUUCAGGUGACUUGGAGAACCGGGCAGAGAUCAGAGAGCCUGCCACAUUAGUGAUAACCAAUGCAACUCGACUGGACACGGCAAAAUAUCGUUGUGAGGUCACAGCUGCCGAUGACCAGAAGUCCUUUGACGAGAUUGUGAUUGACCUUGUUGUUAGAGUAAAGCCAGUCGUUCCAAAAUGCAACGUCCCCAAAUCGGUGCCUUUUGGGAAGUCGGCAGAGCUGAGUUGUUUGGAGGAAGAGGGCUUCCCCAAGUCUCAGUACCAGUGGUUCAAGAACAGAGAAGAAAUUCCCGACGACCCAAAGAGCAGCAUGAAGUUCUUCAACUCCUCAUACACCCUCAACUCGGAAACUGGAAUUCUGAAGUUUAUCACAGUCAGAAAAGAAGAUGCCGGCGAGUACUACUGCCGAGCAAGAAACGACGCAGGUUACGCCGAGUGCGCGCCGCAGAAGAUGGAAGUCUAUGAUAUUGACGUCGUAGGGAUUAUACUGGGAGUUGCUGUGGUGGUCGUUGUACUUAUAUGUAUAUCAGCCGGGAUCUGCUGUGCAUAUAAGCGAGGUUAUUUCGCAAGUCAAAACCAGGCCGGGAACAAUUACAAGGUUCCAGCAAAAGGAGAUGGGGUAGACUAUGUCAGGACAGAGGAUGAGGGAGACUUCCGACAUAAGUCAUCAUUCGUGAUCUGAAAACGGCGCAUUGAAAAACGGUGGGCAAAGUGCCAAGUGAAAAAGUGACAUGUGUGGCUGCCGUCGUAGCGGUCUCAUCACGGAGCUGCUGCAGUUCAUGCUCUGAGCGCUCGGCAUGACUCAAAUACAUCUUUUGCCAAAGGUGACAAGAAUUCACACUACAGGAGAAGCGUUUUCAAAACUCUUCUCAUUUACAGUACAUGAGGACUCUUUAAUUGGAUUGCUCAACUAAACGUAGAAAAUCUACAUGAAGAAAUACGACCUUGUCCCACCAAAAUCUGUUAAACAUGACACAUUUCUGCAUACAUGACGCUUCAAACCGUUUGUCAUUUGUAUAAUUUUUUUUUUUUUCUACUGUUGAAAUUUGUCAAACUAUUUUUGAUGGGAUAUAUUUUAAAUGCCUAUAGAUAAAGGUUUACUUUUUUAAAUAUUUGUAAAAUACUAACUGUGUUUUUUUUUAAUUGUAAUUAUUAUUCGGUUAUGGGCUUACAUAUUUUACUUUAACCACUUUGCAUCAACCUGUAAGCAUUUAUACAUUUGCCAUCGGAAAGAAAGAACGACUAACCAAAGCAGACUUGUGUCAGCAUAUCAACAUGCGGUUCAUGAUCAGCGGUCUUGGAGAUUGAACUCUUUCCGCUGGGAUAGCCCGGGUUCUGUUGUACGGAAGAAAAAACAACAACAAAAAAACCUCUGUUUUGUUUGUAGUCUUAGAAAGAGGUUUUAAAGAGUGCCAGUCAAAUGCUGUGAAACACUGUACGCAAUCAGUGCUGCGUUUUCUUGAUUUUAAAGUGUCCUUCUUUGCUUGCUGUUCAUCUUGUACUGUAUAUAUUGAAUUUUACUGUCCUGUUGCUGUCAUACAUACCGUGCGUUCAGUAUUACACUAUCACGAUACAAUUUGGCAGGGUGUGUGAGUUAGCCGAGUUAGCCUUCCAGACCCCCUCGCUCCUAACAAAACAUGCUGCAAGUUCAUUUAAAACAGACUGUUAGAGCACCUGACAUUUAACUGGCCCUCACAUAACAAAAGGUACUUCAGCCACAGUAUUUUGCAGUGGCAUCAACCGGAUUAUAAACUUGGAUUUUACAAAUAAAAUGUUAACCUAA